CUUUCUUUCGCUCGAGUGAACGGAGAUUUACUUUUGCUUUUAAACGUCUUGCUUCCUCCUUUCAGAAUUCUCACGAUAUUCUUUGUUCCUUUGUUUAGCCUAAAUCACACUUGAACACUGUCUGUCAAAUUUGACAACCUUUGCACACAUCCCUUCCGCCAGCCUCUUCCAUCUCUCCCAAAUCAACCUCACCUAUAUUCUUUUUUUAUCAUGGUCGGACUCCAUCUCAGUUACCGCUGGUUGCGGUGGACUAAACCGUCCGAAAAGCCGGAAUCUCUUCCCGACGGUGUCGAGCGGCACUUCGUCAAGACCCCUUUGGGCGACAUAGAAGUUCUCUACUCUGGCCCAAGUGAGGAAGCCACGCCAACAACCUCAACCCCUAGGCAACCCUUGUUCUUUGUUCAUGGCGGCAUGGGCAGUGCCUGGGUGUGGCUCGAGUAUAUGCGGUUCCUAUCGUCCCACGGCAUCCCAUGCUACGCUGUUUCCAUGCGCGGACAUGGCAACAGCUGGCAUCCAAGCUACAUCCGCAUGGUGUUCUUCACACCGCGCAGCGCUCUCGCACAGGAUGUUGUGGCUGCUAUUCGAUGGACCCAGCAGCGCGAGCAGGGCGCCGAGGUUGUACUGGUAGGGCACAGCAGUGGCGGCGGUAUGCUUCAGGGAAUUCUUUCCGAAGGCUUGGUUUCCGCUAGUGGUUUGGUCCUUGCAGGCGCAGUUCCAGGGUUUGGAUCAAUGGGUGUUUACAUGAAUUGGUGGCGGGCAGACCCCUGGUUUGCCUUAAGGAUGAUGCUACAUGGGUGGCAUUCCAACUCACCACUUUCCCACCCAGCUCUCGUGAAGAACAUAUUCUUCAGCAACGAGGUCUCCGACUCAUACGUGGUUAAUUUCUUCAAGCACUCCAACUCAUACGAGAGCUAUUUCUGGCCCUUCAGCAUGAUGAGGCCUUUCGUCAAAGCCAACAGUCUGCUGAAGCAGCUUGGUGGCAUCAGCGGGUGGGACAGGCAGCGUAUUCUGAUUUUGGGCGGGGGUGGCGACAAGAUAAUGACCGUCCCCAUCAUGCAGAAGCUGGCAUCGUACUAUCGCCAUGGUGUUUUGCAGUUGGUUGGAGAGGACAAGCUUGCUCUGGAGGCAGUCGAGGAUGUUGAGCCGUUAGCGGGUGAAGGUGGCUUGGACGAUGCCGGGCAGGGUGUGCAGUUCUGCAUUGUGCCCAAGGUUGGACACCAUAUGCAGAACGAUGUACAUUGGGAAAUCGGUGCGAGAAAACUUCUCGAGUUCUACAGGCAGCUUUCAUAGUUAGUGUGGCAACGUGAGGAGCUUACCGGGUGCUCCUGUGCACUAUCAUGGACCUUCUCAGAGUUUGUUUAGAUGUAACUUAUACCCUCUGUCUGUAUUCCAAUAAACUUCAAAAUAAUGAGAGCAGUUAAUGACAAAAGCCCUCUCAAUAUUGAA